CAGAGUGAUCAUGAAGCUUUUGGUGGCAACACUGUUUCUGGUGGCGGCGUGCCACGCAGACGUAGCCAGAAGUAAGCAGAAGGAAGACAGCAGAACAGAGAGGAGGGCAGAAGAUGGAGCUGUACAGAAGCGGGCACCCGCUAUUUUGCCAACAGUGACGCCGGCCACCCCGGGCAUAGAAUACGCAGACUCCAAAGACUCACAGACUGAAAAAUCUCCCGUCCGGCAAAUCUACUCCCAACCAGCGUCUCAAGUAGCCAAGAUAUCCGACGUGCUGACAGGCCAGGGUCCUCCAUUCCCAGCCGCCAUUGCCAGCCAUCUCUUCUCACCAAUCCCUGUCUAUCAGCCACGGCUAUCAUCACCCACAACAUAUGAGAUAUCAGCCCCGAUCCCAUCACAACUGGCGUAUUCCGAGCACAAGAUCUACCAGCCCCAGCAGAAUGCUAUUCUACAAGAGUAUAACCCAAAGUUGACCAACCCUAAGCAAGCUAUCGCUCGGCUUACGGUCAACUACCAGCCGUAUCCUCAACAGCUGCUGCCGCAGCCGAUUGUGUAUCAACCACAGCCUAUUCAACAGAUUCCGGUUUAUCAGCAAGCUUUUAAUCAACCUAUUCAGUAUCAGCAAGCUCCAGCCCCUCAAUACCAGAACCAAGGAUACCAGCAGCCUCUAAUCCAGCUAGUGCAAGCUCAACCCGGCAUCACCUAUGCUGACGCAAGCGAGGAGCAACAUCAAAGGCCGGCUCAGAGGGAGCUGAAGACAGGACAACCUGAAGCUGUGAAGGAAGCGGAGGAAAGGGCCAAGCCACAACCGCAAAUACAACAGAACUACAACGCUCAACCCCAAGGAGCCAUCAGCUACGCCAGUUUCUCAGUGGGAGCCCCUACAGCACCUUUAGCUCAACCUCAACAACUUCAAUACCAACCUCAACAACAGCUACAGCAGCAAGUACAACAGCAACAUUAUCAGCAACAAGCUCAACAGCAACCUCAACCACAAAUUCAAUAUCAACCUCAACCUCAACAAUAUCAGCAGCAGCCUCAACAGCAAAUUCAAUACCAGCAACCCCAACUUCAAGUAAUCCAGUAUCAACCUCAGCCCCAAUAUCAAGUCCAGCAACCAGCUCGUCAAAUUAAACAAGAAUCUCAGAACCUCAUCCCUAUUCAGACGAAACCACGUCAAAUCUUCAUCCGACAAGGACCUGUAGUGGUCCCAUACCAAGCCCAGGUGUUCCAGGGUCAACCUCCAGCUUACCAAGCAGCUGCUCCCCACUUCCCCCCAGUUCAAUACUUUGGUAAAUUCGCCCACUCCAUCUUCGGGCAGUACCAGUGAAGUGUAGGACAAUUUCCGUAAUGUUAUCUUUAGCUUAAGUUCUUUUAAGUAUUGGUAAGAAAAUUGAGGUGCUGAAAGUAUUUUUCUCUGUGAUGCCAUAUUCUUAUACAAAGUGUACUUUAAUAAAUGUAUUAUUUUCCAAAA